AAGAACUUGCGUAACUUUUUAACCAUAGCUGCUCUAUUAAAUAGGCACAGAAUUAGGCGUUAUCAUCGGAGCAUGUUUUUGUUUUGUUUCUUUAGAGCGAAUUGUAGUUACGGUUAACCGUACAAAAGAAAUGAUCUGUCCCACACCAGACCACCACGGAAAAUGGCGACUGUGAAAUAGAUGGAAGACGAAAGUAAGAAAUUAUUCAAUGCAGCGUUUAAAUUGUGCCCUGUCUCCAUCCGCACUGCUCGGAGGUAACGUGAUGGCAGCCAAAAUGUCAUGUCUCACAGGUGUUGAUGAAGAUGACAAAGAUGCAGAUCCUGAGAUCAAUGCCCUCACGCUCCUGCAAGAGCCAGUGAGAAUGGCACAAGAAUCAGCCUCUGGCACCGAGUCUUUCGGCAAGCCUUCUCUGAAAGAAAACAGUGUCCUUGAUGUUCUCUCAAACACAGAUAUGUUGUCUCCAGAUGGCCUUGGAAAUGGACCCUCUUCGAAUCAGGCUACACAAGCCCAUGAACUCAACAGUAUCUCUGCAGAGAAAGAGGAGGCAAAGAGCAUCACCCCACUUAAAACUGUACAGGAAAUUGACACUGCAGGAAUUUGGGGUUUUGAUGAAGACUCACCUGAGAACUCAUUAGAUAAUUUUAGUAGUGCCAGUGACCUUCAUUGGGACCCUCACAAAGAGUUUAUGCAGUUUCUGUGGGACAACCACAGUGAUUCCCCAGGUGAGGAGCCUAAGGAUGAAGUCGCUCCUGCCAACAGCCAAAGGCGAAGGAAACGGAAAAUGGAUAUGGUUGUCAUGGUUGAUCCCUCAGAAGACCUUUACCCUGAUCUGAGCCACAAGUCAUCUGAGGAACUGUCUGAUGCUGAGGACCAAGUAGACUCCAUUCCUGUCAGAAAAGUCAGAAGGUCAACGAAAUUCUCCCAGUUACAGUCGUCACCAACAGGCAAAGUUUCCAUGUAUCCCAAUGGAACUGUAAAGACCAUCAAGGAGAUUCUUUACAAUGCACCUGCAAGGAAUUCUCAUGAGAACAGUCUGGGUCAUGGGCUUUCACCAUUGAAGGGGAGGCUCACCAUAAAUUCUCAUUCAGAGGAGAAGCCAUCAUGCUACCCUUGCUCGAAAUGUAAGCUUAUUUUCAAGAAAGAGCAUCACUUGCAUCGUCAUAUGAAAUCUCAUCUUGAAUCUUCGAAUAUUUCACCAAAGCCCUUUAUAUGUCGAGAAUGCGGACAGUCCUUCAGGCAAAGUGGUUCUCUUAUUGAACACAUGUCCAUCCAUCAGGAGAAGACAGCAAGACUCACUGAAGAGAUCAAAGGCAUGAAAGACGAGAAGAAAGAGGUUAGAAAGAAGCUUUUCUGCCCUCAGUGCCCAUUUGUAACACACUGCCCAAACACGUUUGUUCAACAUGCGAAAACACACGAGAAGGACAAGAGAAAGUUCAGAUGUGACAAAUGUAGCUUCAGGUCUCUGAGCGAGAAUGAUCUUAGGAGACACGACAUUAUGCAGCAUACUGUUAUUACGGUCAGAAAGCAAAUCCAGAAUGAUGACAUUGAAAGCUACUCCUGUAGCAUUUGUUCUUAUAGAGUUUUUAGCAAAAACGUUUUCAAGAAUCACCUGAUGCGACGCCAUCAACAAACUUAUGAGGAAUACGAGGCUGCACAGCGUAGUGAGAAAAAUGCACAACCAUCUAAGGAGCAGCACAUGCCAACUAGUAAAAGUCCUGUAGAAGAUGCAGAGUUUACGUCAAAAAUAUCUAUAAAAAAUCAGAUCUCUCCUAAGGGAGCUUGUUCACCAAAUGAGUCCAAUGACAUUACAGACUUAUUCAAAAAUAGCAAGAUUAAGAGAGGUCUCAAGUCUCAACUAACGGAAUCAAAGCUCGACAAGUCCAUUAAUGUUCUCCUGUCCCGACAAAGACAUGGAAAGAAAACUUCAGAACAGAGGAAGGAAAGCAAUAAUUAUGGCACAUCCCUUCAGGAUUCCGAAGGGGACAACGAUAGCUCAGAUCAGUUGCCAGGCACACUGACUGUCAAGGUUGAGGAUUCAGCUUUUUCCCCAAAUGGCCAUAGGGUACCAUCCACUGCAGCCGAAGGAGAGCAGUCAACAGUGAAAAAGUCACCAUCUAAAAGGAAGAUGUCCACCCCAUAUCGCAACACCUCAGACCAGGACUCAUGCUUCAUCUUAGCAAAACCUCUGCCAAGUCCCAAGAAAAUAAACCAAGAAGAAGAAAAGGUGUCAGACAAUGACGAAAAAGACAUUUUCCAAUUUAAGGACACAGAUGCCAACACCAACCCCUUUGACAAUGGUAUCAAGAAAGAAAAACAAAACAUCAUUUAUACCUAUAGCAGACGAAUGUCUAUGAGGGGUGCUCUGCAGGCAUCUAAAAGGCUGUUUGAGAAAAUAAAGACUGAAGAGGAAGAGCAGACCAGCCUUGAAAUCAAAGAAGAAUGCAUAGAAACAGAAGUCUCUCAAGAAACCUUUGACUCCCACCAAAUACCAUUGAGGGAAGACUUCACAGAGGAUUUGUCAGAGUUGGACUCGGAGCACAAGAACUGUCCAUACUGUCCUGCAGUCUUUGAGUCUGGUGUUGGAUUGUCCAAUCAUGUCCGAGGGCAUCUUCAUAGGGUUGGACUGAGCUACAAUGCACGCCAUGUAGUUUCUCCUGAACAGGUGGCUUCUCAAGACAGGAGGCCACGAAUUCGAAGGAAGAUGUCAGCACUCCGGAGAUUGAAAAAAGCGUUGCAGAUGGAGUCAGAAACUGAGACUGUGAAGAGCAUUCACUCCUGUCCAUUAUGUGGGGACUCAUUUGAUAACAGGACUGGGCAGUCCAACCACAUACGAGGCCACCUCAAAAAGCUGGGCAAAAGCUUUUCAACAAAGAACAAAUCCCCACUGUUUUUACUUCGUGAGCUGAUGCGCGACAAAAAGGAGUUCCAGCGGGCACUUCAAAUUCUGGGAAAGAGAAGGAACCAUUUCCAAUAUGGUGCUUCACCAAAGCUGUCCAGUGCUGAUCGCUUCACUCCGUCGCCCAUUGGAAUUGCUAAGAAUAAUUCAAUUCAAAGCGUUUGCACUGCUGCCAGACCAUUGAUGUCCACCUUUUCUUUGGUGGAAAUGGAUUCUGAAAAAAGGCAACUAGAGACUAAGUUGGAUGUUAAAAGUUCACUCUCGGGCUCGACUGCCUUGAUAGGAAUUCUGAAGAAGAGGAAGUGUCAGGAAGAUGGCAGACUAAAGGGUUCCUCUCAGAUGUCGAGAAACAUGUUAGCAGUUUCUUCAAACAUUGAGCACAGUUCGGGAUCAAGAGUUGCAUCUUCACUGCCAAAGUGCGAGAAAGGUGAAUUCAACAGGAAGGUGUGUGUCCAUUGCAAUGCAACGUUCCACAGUGGAGUUAGCUUGUCCAAUCACCUACGGGCAUAUGCAAAACGAAAAAGGACUGCCUUACUCGAGGGAACCACAUUUGACUGUAAAGUAGGAAGGAGGCAACGCUCAAGGCCUGGCCCAAAGAAGAAGACACUGCCCUUACCACAAACUCCAGAGGAAAUGUAUAGACUCACCUGCAGGUUCUGUGACCUCGUCUUCCAGGGUCCCUUGUCGGUCCAGGAGGACUGGAUUAAACAUUUACAGAGACACAUUAUGAACACUAGUGUCCCUCACACUGGGCUAGGCAUGGUAGAGGUCACCUCGCUGCCCACAGACCGCCUGACCCUCAAGACUGACCAAGACAGCUCUCUGACAGCCACACAUGCUGCCUCAUGAAGCCAAUGGGGACCUUUUUAGAUUUCACUAGACUGUAUGUGUAUGUACAUUUGAUGUUCUUUCACUUUUUCUUUUGUCGAUUAAAUACUGGCCAAAAGUACAAUGAUGCUCAAUGAUGGAGAUAUUUUACAUGCUUAGACAGUGGUAAGAUGGAAAAAUGAAUUAUUUUGGAUAUUGUUACCUUUUUUCUGUUUUUACAUGGUCCAUUUUUUGGAAAUAAAAUUCCAAAUGGACAGACUGUUUUCUUGUUUUAUGCAGUAAUGUAGUGUGGAAUCCAUUUCUAAUGAAGACAACUUUUACCUCAGAUUUCUCAUGGUUUGAGUCCGUUUUUGUCAACAGUUUGGGAGCACCUCUCUUCUGUAUCGAUAUUCACACUUAAAAGAUGCAUAGAAUUAUGUUUCUUUUGUAUUGCAACAUGUUAAAAUCCAAGCCCACAGUCUGUUUUCAGGCCACAGAGUGAGAUGAAAAUUUCU